AUGAUCAACCCUACCUAUCUGGCUCAAAGGACGCGCUCGUCCGUCAACUGGAACGAUGCCCAGAAGAGAGUCUUGAAGUCCUACCGCGAGUGGGUUCGCGCCGCUCCCGAGAUCCAACAGAUGUACUCGCUCAACAUGCCCGUUUCGGCCAUCCGCACAAAGAUGAGACAGGAGUUUGAAAGACACCGCUACGUCCAGCAACUGAAGACUGAAACACUCAACUUCUGGAAGCAACUCACCCACGUGCUCAAGUACUUCCGCGCAGAGGAGGACCCCAAGGCUGCUCUCCCGAAGAACUUUAUCCAAGGUUUCCUCGAGGGACGCAACUAG